UGAUCAUUCACAUCGCAUCCAUCUAUUUAUCCAAUUCUACUGCUUCUCAUCCCCGCCUUUCCGCAUCGCUAUUUUCCCUCGUUCCCCUCCUUUUCCUCUUCACCCUUACUUCGUCUUUUGCCUCAGCUUGCAGGCCCUGGUCUGUCAAGCUCCCCCCAUGUAAAAGUGCGGACCAGUCCCUCUUCCUGGCCGCACCCUCCUCCAUGGUGCCGUCCGGCCACCUCUGACCAUCUCUCCGCCCGUUCCUUCAACGCCCCCUCCGUCGCUCCCUCGAUCGCUCCCUCUAUCACCCCUUCGCAUUCUUACACACUCUCCGUCUAUCUGUUGGAUGGCAUGGCGGACUACCACGACACCGGCGGCCUCAUCCUCGACGGCCCCUUUGAUCCCGACGCCCAGGCCACCGUCACCGACUACAUUGACUACACCGAAUACCUUCCCGCUGACCUGAUCCGCUCCCUGACUCUCAUCCGUGGUCUUGACGAACGCUAUCUUGAGGCUACCCAGACCGUCCAUGACCUAACCAAGGCCUAUGGCCAGCUGCCCAACCUCCCCCCGGACGUGCGCCCCGAUGCGCGUACGUUGCGCAAGGAUAUCUCUGCCCAGCUCGAUCGCGCCAUUAACGCGCGUGAAUCGGCAUAUGCAGAGUCCUGCCGCCUGUACGAUGUAAUUGAUCGUCAUUUCAACCGAUUGGACAGCAUCAAACAGAAGCUUGAAGCUCUUCCCAAGCCCGUGUCGCGCGAACCCACUCCUCCGCCACAACCUCUCGCAACCACCAAACGAAGCCGAUCAACCAAAAAAGCCGACGAGGCUACUGGUCCGCCCACCACUACACGCCUCACCUUGCGUCUAGAUGGCCAUGAUACCUCUCGCGCAACGACCACGCCUAAGUCCCGCACACGCCGAUCCCUCAUAUCUGCUGAGCAUUUGGCCGACUUGCACCCCGAUUCACCUAUUGCGAGCACGGAGCAUUCUGAUGUGGAAGCGGACAGCAAAGUGACACCCUCGGAGUCGCCCGCAGAGCCGGCAGCUGCACCGACCAAGAAGGAGAAAGCCAAUCGGCGAUCGCGGGUCUCUGGGCCAGGUCAAGCCAGUGCGCAGGGACCUGCGGCUCCAGCCAUAUCGACCAGCAACGCGUUGGCGAUGCUUAAGCCACCCCCGGAAGAUGCUAAACCUGGAAGUGAGGACAUGCCGUGGCUGCGUCUGACUGAAUGGGAAAUGACCAAACUGCGCAAGAAGAUGAAGAAAAAUGCUGUCUGGCAGCCCAGCGAAGUCAUGAUUCAUCGUGAACUCGCCUUGCGCGGCCGCGGCUGGGAGGCGUACCGGGCGGCGAAAGCGCAGGCCGAAGCCAUUGGCACUGAAUUCCUGGACUGUGACGAUAUCAUGAACACGUACGUUCCGGGCAAGCUGACCAAACGCAGCGAGGCAACUGGUGACACUGAGGGCACGUUUGAGACCAAGCUUAGCAACCGUGGCAUGAAGCUGAACGAAGCCAAGAAGCUCAAGCGGGAGAACCAGGCCCGGGAGCAGGCCGCGGCAGCGGCGGCCGCUGCUGCUGCUGCCGCACAAGAACAGACAACCAACGAUGCAGCCCAGCCAGGAGUAGCACCAAAGGAUAUCUCACCAAAAGAGAUCCCACCCAAAGAGGUCCCGCCCAAAGAGAUUCCGCUCAAAGUGAUCCCUACUCCCAGUGCUCAGGAUGCUCCAGCCGUAAGCAAGCCCAGUCGUACGGGGAAGAAAAGGAAACUCGAAGAGGUGACACCCCCAGAGGCUCCCCGCGCUCCUCCUGCUCCCUCCCCCUCCGCAUCGUCUGCCCCCUCGGCUUCUGCUGCCCCAUCUACGUCUGUUACUUCUUCAACGUCUGUCCCUCCCUCGACGUCUGCUGUCCCCUCUCCUUCUGGUGAUCAGUCUACCUCUGCUGCACCUUCUACGGCUGCCGGUCCUUCUGCUCCUUCACCCCCUGUCCCUACUCCCACUCCUGCUCCUGUUCCACCAGUUUCUCCCGCUGAUCCUCCAAUUCCUGCUACUUCCCCUGAUACCACUGCCCUCUCUAUUCCGGUUGUUCCCGCUGCUGCUGCUGUUGUUGCGCCUGCGGAAGCUGAACCCCGUUCUUCGCUACGAAGUGCGACCAAACGCCGCCGAACUAGCAAAGAAUCCCUUACUCCCGUUGACACAAAUACUGCCACCCCUGGAGUAUCUACAACUACAGCGCCAGCCGUCUCGAUUGUGGAAACUUCCGAGUCACAGAAGCCUUCCGUGCCAUCGUCUCCAGCUGAUUCCAAACGCUCUAUCCCGCAACCCGCGGCCGCAGCUGCGGCCGCAAAGGCAGCUACGCCCACACCUCCAGUCACCCGACCUCCGUCUCGCCGCUCGGCUGCUUUGUCACUAGAGCCAACGAUCAAUGCCAGCGUUGUUGCAACUUCUGCUAAACGCGAAUUCCGCCAAAAGAGCGCGACUCCUGCCCGAAGGACCCCGGUUCCGGAAACUGCCCGAGCUGCCAGUGUAAGUGCCCCCAGUCGCAAGCGGAAACGUCCAGCACCCGGUCCGGUGUCUUCAGGCCAAGAUGGCGGCGCAGCGGUUAGCUAUGGUCGCCGCAAAGCGAAGCCCGGAAAGAAGCGGAUCGGAACUCGUGAAGUUGGUUUGAAAGACGGGACACUGGCACGGGAGGACAUCCGAAUUGACGAGGAUGGGGUGCUUGAGGAGAUUGAUCCAAAUGAACCACGGUAUUGCCUGUGCGGAGACGUGAGUUUCGGGACGAUGAUCUGCUGUGAGAAUCAAGAAUGUGAUCGAGAAUGGUUCCAUCUUGACUGUGUUGGCCUGUCUGAGGUCCCGAGUCGCACGGCGAAAUGGUACUGCCCAGACUGUCGGGUCAAAUUCAACAAGGGUGCGGAUGGAAUUGUGAAAAACAAUCCACGGAGAUGACGGUAGGCCUUUGUGACAGGUCAUAUUUUCCGGUAUUGAUUGGGUGGUGUAUAUUUGACGAGACCACGAUUGGCAGCAUGGCCCAUUUCAUGCAUAGGGCUUAAUUUUGUUCUCAUAGUUUGUUAUCUUGAUUCGCAGCGUGGCGAAGUGAUGGAUGGAGUUGAGUGUCAUUUCGGUGUAUACCAGAUUGAGGCAGCCGUCUCCCUUGUCAACCAGUUUCUCCUUCAUCGGUGCAUGCCGUAAUAUACUCUCUAAAUAGGCUGCCGUGAUCGCCCCGUUGUCCUCUAAAAUUGAAUGUAUUCGAUUUGGCUAUGGGGCCGGGCC